AUGAUUAUCUGGUGUAACAAAUGUCUCGCUGCCAUCAUCAAGUCCAGGCGAGGGAGGAGUUUUUAAUGUUCAGUUUGUUCUAUGGAUCGAUGUUUGCUGGCAUCGCCUCACCCUGCCUGCUCCGUGCGUGAUAGCCUACCAUUACCCAACGUUUUACGCUCUUCCUUGAACACACGCUAUUCAAUACAGAGCGCUCUCAAAACCUGCCUGGCAUCUGACGGACGUAGUCCCAUGGCUUUGGUGGUCCAACACGAAAAGAAAAGAAGACAAUCCGCCCUAGAUGAUCUAGGAACGGAGGAGAAAGAAGAAUAACUGCUCUGACAUCUGUUUUGCCUAGACAACGUUUUCUGACUCUGGAUUUUAUAGUGAGAGAAGUAGGCUACUCUAAAUAAAGAGUCGCUCUCUCUGCAUGGACUAUCAUACUAGACCGCAUACCGAUUUCACCUGGGCAGAGUGAGUGAGCUACGUGAACUACCAGUUCAAAAAUGCCAAGGAGAAAACAGCAGGCGCCGAAACGGGCUGCGGUAUAUGAGCCUGAUGAAGAUGGCAUCAUGCAAGAGACCAUCCCUGAGGAUGACAGAGAGAAUGACACUCCAACUGAAGAGGAGAGUUCUGAGAAGACAAGUCCCAAGGCCUCAGAGGACAAAGAGAUGGACAACAAAAGCAGUAACAGCUACAGCUACCAGAAUUCACCCGUCAGUGUCCUUUCCAAUCAAGAGGCCGAGUUGGAGUCACGCCUUAGCGACGCCAGCGAUAGACUCUCGCUCUCAGACUUCAAAAUGGCCUCACCACCUGAAAGUCAGAAAGUCGAGGAGAGCAGCGGUUCGAAACACAAGGAUGACAUGCACAGCAGUCUGGAGAGAAUGAGGGCUGCGUAUGCUAACUUUCUCUCAGAUUCCUACUGGACAGGGAUUGGGAUGGACUUGAAAAUUGGCAAAACACCCAGCAAAGCCAACUGUGACAGCACCAAUGGGAGCACCAAGAAUGAAUUUGACUGGCACCAGGAUGCACUCUCCAAAACCUUCCAGCAAACCCAGUCCCCAAGGACUGUGUCCAAACCCAACCUCUUCAGCUCGGUCCACCUCUACAGACAGAGCAGCAAAGCAGGUGGGACGGUGUUCACAGGAGCAAGUCGGUUCAAGUGUAAGGACUGCAGUGCUGCCUACGACUCUAUUGUGGAUUUAACAGUGCACAUGAACAAGAGCGGACAUUACCAGGACAACAACCACGGAAAACCGAGCAAUGCCUCCACGUCCUCCAAAUCAAGAAAAAGAAAUUUGCAAGACAUGGAAGGGAAAGACGAUGCACAGAAAGUUCUGAAAUGUAUGUUCUGUGGCCAUUCUUUUGAAUCCCUCCAGGACUUGAGUGUCCAUAUGAUAAAAACAAAGCAUUACCAAAAAGUGCCUUUGAAAGAACCAAUCCCAGUACUCUCACCCAAAUUACUGCCACCAGCAAAGAAACGGGCCUACGAAGCCAAUAGACCUUGUUCUCCUGAUUCUACCACAGGGUUAGCUGGUUACAGCGAGGCCCAACGGUCCGCGGCUAUUUCAAAUGCUAACAGUAAUCGUUAUGGUUAUCAGAAUGGGGCUAGCUACACUUGGCAGUUUGAGACAUGCAAGUCUCAGAUUCUGAAAUGCAUGGAGUGUGGGAGCUCACACGAUACCCUGCAACAGCUCACCACUCAUAUGAUGGUCACUGGACAUUUCAUAAAAGUUACAAACUCCGCCUCUAAAAAGGGGAAACAGUUAGCUCUGGAUCCCUUGGCUAUAGAGAAGAUGCAGGUAUUAGCUGAGCCUCUUGCUAAUGAAACUGAAGGCGAUAAAGUGUCUCCAAUAACUGCUUCCCCGGGGGACAGUGAGAAAGAUAACCAGAGGGGCAUGGACAAAAUUGAAGAAAGUCAAGUGAAGGAUGACAAGGCAGAGAGUAAGGAUCAAAAGGCAGGGGAAGGGGCAUUUAAAUAUCCAUAUCUCCGCGAGGAGGAUCUGGAGCAGCAGGGAUCAUCAGGUGGAGGAGGGGAUAUCCUCAAGUCUUUAGCCAACACAGUGGCCUCUGCAAUCAACAAGGCUCAGACUGGGACCCCCAGCUGGAGUGCCUACCCCAGUAUCCACGCUGCCUAUCAACUCUCUGGGAUCAUCAAGAGCAGCAAUCCCCUCUCAGCGUCUGCCCCUAUUCAGCUAAAGCAGACAUUCAACCACAAGCUCAGAUCGAUCGCCCCAAAGGGGAAGUUUCUUCAGGGCGCUGGGGGAGUUGAAACUCAGAAGGGACAGCAACAGCAUCAAAAUGUGGACAUCAAAAAAGAAAAGGUUGGCAUUAGCGAUGGUAAAGAAAGUCUGAAUAUUAAGUUUGAUCUGGCGGAGAAUGAUGACAGCGAUUGUCAGGACAAUUUCUCUACCUCUUCAAAGCUCGAAGCAGACUGUCUGAAUGAAGGGAGUGAUGCGAUCAAAGGGAAGUUGAGCCCAGAGUUCUUAGACAGAGGCAAGACACCAAGCCCUCCUGCCAGCAAUGGACGAAGCGCUACUUCAGAGCUUGUCAAUGACACCCCAGAAAUAUUGGGCAUAAACCCUCUAAGUGCACUGCAGUCAGUUCUGAACAAUCAUUUGGGUAAAGCAAAUAAGCCCACCAAUUCAAGAUCUGAAAACAGUCAACUCUCUGCUUGCUCUCAAUCUAUAUUCGCUGAACUCAACCGGAGUAUGGAGAAACCAGCAGUGGUGCAUGCCACCCCUGCUAGGAACAGAGUUAACAAUGCCUUUCUGUUUACUGGCAAUGAUCAGCCAAUAGACCUGACAAAAUAUAAACCUAACAAGCCAAGUUCCUCACAUCUACGGCCAUCUGCCCCAAUGCCACAGACACACGCUCUGUCUGACAUUGCUGACAUGGUCAAGGUUCUUCCUAAAGCCACCACACCAAAAUCAUCCAUGCCAUCGAGGAUACCCACCAUGAAAUUGGAAACAGAUGUGAGAUGCUUUGAGGAUGUGUCAGCUGAGGUAUACUCAGUUCACAAGCGUAAGGGAAGGCAGUCGAACUGGAACCCCCGGCAUCUUCUCAUCCUCCAAGCCCAGUUCGCCUCCAGCCUCUUUCUGACUUCUGAGGGCAAGUACUUACUCUCAGAUCUUGGUCCUCAGGAACGAAUGCACAUCUCCAAGUUUACUGGACUGUCCAUGACAACCAUCAGCCAUUGGUUGGCCAAUGUGAAAUACCAACUUAGGAAAACAGGGGGAACCAAGUUUCUGAAGAGCAUGGACACUGGCCAUCCGAUCUUCUACUGCAAUGACUGUGCUUCCCAGUUCAGGACACCACCAGCCUUCAUCUCCCACCUGGAAUCACACCUAGGGUUCCAAAUCAAAGAUAUGUGCAAACUGCCUAUCGAACAUCAGACGAAGGUAGAGAAGCCAGAACUGUCUAAGGCUCUCAGUUUCCGGGCAACAGAGACGCUAGUCACUGAGGAGGACAUUGACGCUAAGUUCAAAUGUAAGCUGUGCUGUAGGACAUUUGCUAGUAACCAUGCGGUUAAACUUCACUUGAGUAAAACUCACAGCAAAUCCCCUGAGAACCAUUCACAAUAUGUGGAAAUGGACAAAGAGUAGGAGUUGUUCAUUUUUGCUAAAUGUUUUGUUAUUGAUUUUUAAAACACGGGUCAGAUAUUUCAACCAUAUUUCCAGUAGCAUUGUGUAGUAUGCAUAAUGAUUGAAAACAUUUAAUUGAAGAUGACAUGGACACACUGGCUAGACUAAACCCUAAAAUGUUAAAGAAUACACCAACUUAUACCUUUGCACCCUGCUCAAAUGCAUCACCAGUAAUGAAAUGUAUUAAUGCUUGAAACAUAAUUGCUGAUGUUUGCAUGCAAUAGCUAUGGCUAUGACUACUAUUUAUUUGUAUGAUAUGUCACAUUUCAGUUGUAUUAUUUCAAAGACAAAGUAAUGGGUCAAUUGUAAUUUUUAACUCCAAUGAUACCUGCAUAAAUAUGCAGUUUUUUAAACAGGUAGCCAAACACAUGUUAACACAUUUACUGAACUGUACAGUAUAUUGCUAUGUAAAAAUGUUUUGUGUUGCAAUGAUAGAACAGAAAAGCACUUUAAUAAAUGUUAAAUCACCAGUUUAGGCUCAGAUUCUGUACAUGAACCCAACACAUUUAGACAGGUUGGAAACAAGGAUGUCUCACAUGUAAAAGACACACCCCAAAAGAAUUAAGACAAAAAAAUUAUUAGUGUUUCAUGUGAAAAGGAUGACAGUGAGACAAAUGAUACCUGCACCUUUUUUUUUACCAAUUGAAAUAAAGACUUAACAUUUGCUACCA